CUAAUGUUGUAGUCAUUUUUAGAUAUCAGAUUAUUUGUGAUUGUUGUAAUAAUUUGAAGUCAGCGAAAAUAAUAUAUAAAUGCACCGUUGGAUUUUGCUACAUGCAUGCAAGUUUGUAGUGUAAUAGGAAUCGGAUGCGGGCUACGGGGCAAUAUAUGCGUCACGCCAUGUAAGUAAGCGGCCUGUCCCCCUGUCCCCUUUAUCUAAGGCCAGAAGUUUAAUUUCUGCGGGGAGUAAAAGAUCUGCGAUCGUUUUAUCGCGGGACCGGAAAAACGUACUGGAUAUCCUAUAUUUUGAAUUGCGAACUGAACUGCGUUCCAAAAACUGAUUGCCCUGGAUGCUCACACAGUUUUAUGUGAAAUAUAAAAAAAAAGGAUAAGCUAGACCCGUCACUAUUCCAAAGGAUAAGUAUUUCAGACGGAUAGAAGUGUAUUUAAAACAUACCGUAUUAAAGGAAAUUUAAAAAAAACCCUCAACAAAACCCUCAAAUCAAUAAAAACUGAUAGUACUUUAACAAUCGUUCUUAUAUCCUUUUGUAAACAUAUUGACUUUGUGUACCUUUGAUCAAUUUUUUAUUUCAGCUAAUUAUACGUAAAAUAUUUAAAACAUUCAUCACAAGCACUUCAAUGGAACAAUUUAGGUGAUGCUUAAAUGCAGCUUUCUUGAUGAAAGAAGAUGGGGGAAUAAGAUGGCGCAAAUGCCCAUUCGGUUUAGUAGUGAAAUACACUUUUGAAUUUAUUUUCCCCCAAUUAAAUAUAUUCAAAUACAUUAUAAUACAACUUUGCAAAAGCAAAAUUUCUAACUAUAGUCAGUUUUUAAUAUACAACUGUAUUUAACAAAAAACAAGAAAAAAAAUAUUGUCGGAAAUUUUGGUGGUAUCGAGCCCGUAACAUAAAAACCCCUUGAUAUAUAAGGUUAGCUUAUGCCAGGUACUCUAACCACUGAGCCAUUUCAGACACAACAAAGUGGGCUUUUUAAAUAUUAUGUGUGACAAAGGCCACGAACUACCGGACUUGUAUUAUUUUUUCAAAACGUUCAAUUGUUGGGAUACAAAAUGAUAAUUUUUGAGUAUAGUGGGUCAUCUCUCCACGUUUUUGUUGAUUGAAAUCGGUUUGUUCUCCAACAGACCUUAAUUAGACUAUGAGAAAAAUAUGGAGCACAGACCCACUCUAUAAAAGAAAAUGCCUUGAAGUUCUAAAAAAUGACAGUAUUUGCAGGUUUUGAUCCGUAUACGCCUGUUUGAGUCAACAAAUUCCAAGUAUUGAACAUACCUUUAGGUUAAAAAUCAAUGAUUCGUUAAAUAUAUAUUGUUUUAAAUGAUUUAAAAAAAAACCCAUCAGAUUUAUUGAUACUUUAAUUUUUCAGUAGCCUGUCCAACCGCGUAUGGGCAUUUUACACGCCUUAUCCACCCAUCUUCAAAUUUGGAUUGGUGUUUUUUCAAAGUUUUUUUGGUCUCAAAUCAACGAUAGUGUAUUUUGUUUUCAUUGAAUCGGUGAAGCUACAAGUGAAAAAAAAAUGGAUAAAUGGUCCUUCAUACCUUUUGGAAAAAUUUGCAUAGGCGCCUGAACAUUUUUUUUUUAAGAUAUGGAAUUUGAACAUGUUUUGACUAAAAUGUUCAAAUUUUGAAAAAAUGGUACUCUGAAAAGAUAAUUUCUCGCUAUUUUUAAGAAAAGAAUUCUCUGCUGUGUUUAGGCUAAUAGAAGCUGUUAUAAUUCAUUUUGCUACAGAAAUACAAGUAGACACCAAAACACGGCGUUAAAAAUAGUUUCACAAUUGGUGGAAACUCUGAUGUUGUGACGCACUGUCAUAAGAAGUAAACGUCACCGGGGUCAAGGUCCCUUAAAACUUGUUAUUUUAGACGGAAUCAUUCUUAAAUUUCGUAAAUUUAAUUGGAUUAGACCCCCGAUCUUUGGAGCAAGGGUUUAAUUGGUCCCAUUGGGGUUUCAUUUUAAAACAUUUUAGCAGUGGAUUAAGAGAAAUCCACAGGUAAGCGAAGUAAUCUAUGGGCCUCCUUUUGAAUGUGGGAUGUUUUGGAAAGAACAUAUGAGGGUAAUUACUAUAAAGACACCAUUUAAGGAGGCAUUUUUGUGUAAAACACAAUGAAAUAUAGAUUUUAGCAAUAUUGGUAAGCACAUAAAUAGAGUUUUGUUUAUUCUUGUCUAUAAAUCACAAUCUCAACAGUUGUUAUCAGUUACUGAAAAAAAUUAAUAAUAUGUACCCAAUACUAUUAUUGAACUGUAAAGUGGUGCAAAAAAGUUGAGCCUGUACUUAAACAGUAUUACAUUUAUCAUCGAACAUAUAAUUUUUUGUCAUACAUCCUCUUUAAACUUAAAUCAGAAAAAUUAGAGAACGUUAGGUAAACAUGACUGAUUUAUUUCUAAUAUAAUGAUAUAUGUAGUGGAUUCUUAUAAAAACACCUAAUGAAUUAUUCCUAUGUAGAGGAUUUCAUAUUUCUAGGUGUAACAAAUUUGCAAGUAUUCAUCUCUUCCUUGUAUGGAAAAAAGUUAAACACAAGCCUUUUCUCCUUCUUGAUUUUUGAGGUUUUAUAAGUACAAUCUUUUUUCAUUCUACAAGUGCACACACUCAGUAAGUUGAUACUAAUGUUUGUCAGAAAUUUAUGAAGAGGAAAACGUUGAAAAUAUAUAAGUGGUAACAGGGCUGUGUCAUCUCCAUUAUCUCACGGUUUCAUGGCGCCCUAGUUGUACACCGAAACAAGCUAAUCUUAGAGUUCUGUUUUGCCAAGAAAGAAUCGAAGCAGGAAACAACUCGCAUCUAUAAUCUUUUUCUGUCGACAGGAAGGAGGUCAAUCAACUUCGAAAAUGAAUACAACGCUGACAAUACUACUCCUUGCUGUAUUAGUGUCCCCCGCUUAUGUGCAACAUUGUGAAAGACGUCAGAGAAUACAUCUUGAUUCGUAUCAAAGUACAAAGGUAGUUUUCCCGCAACAAUUUCCAGUACAGAAAGGAUACGCUGGAAAUCUAACCUGCGUGUGGGAAAUACUCACAGAGAGCAAAUUUAGAAUAAUGGUAUAUCCUCGGACUUGGACCUGCGGUGAUAUGACUGUUCUGAACCUCUUCUAUGGUCUUUCGGAAAUGGCAGAAAUUGAUGAUUGUGUCAUAUGCCCUUCUGAAAAAGGUUUUUGUCCAAAUAUUAUACAGACGAGAUCAUCAGACGCUGUUUUGGAACUAAUCACGUAUUCUAAUGACGCAAAAGGGGGUUUUGAUUUCCGAUUUAUGGCAAUAAAUGCAACUGCACUAGUUGAUGGCUGCUCAAGUGUCGGUAUGAUAAUGCAAGCUGAUAGGACGCCAAACUAUAUCGCAUCGCCUAAUUUUCCUGAAGCCUAUCCGAGUGAAAAGAAUUGCCUGUGGUUGAUAGAGCCUGUUAUCCAGGACGACAAUACUCGUUUAGUAUUUCAGUUCCAAUCCCAGAGUCUGGAGAAAGGUGUUAUGACAAAAUGCACUGAUUAUGUGACCAUAGAGGGACUUGGAGAGUUCUGUGAGACUGACAGAGAUAAAAUUUUUCAACCUUCCGAAAAGAUGUAUACGGAAAACACAGAAACAAAAGUGACCUUUGUCAGUGAUUUUGGAUUCAGUGAGAGCGGAUUUGUACUGUCCUUUUAUAUUGAAGACAUAGCUAAACCAUGCCUUUGUCAACACGGAGGAACAUGUAAGAAUGAGACCUGCCUUUGUUCUAUGGGAUAUAAAGGCGAAUAUUGCGAAAAGGAAUCAAUCGAAAUUUUAUUCAUGAACGUCAGCAAUCAGAUAAUACGUGAAGAAAAUCCUGUUUGGUUCACUGCUGAAACAACCGACGCCUACAGGUAUGAAAUUCAGUGGUUUCGGAAUGGUAUAAUGGUUACGGAUGCUGCAACGAGAUAUAAAAUGACGUCAUCUGCAACUACAAACGGCACAACAAUUAAUACCCUCAACAUAUCUAGAGCUUACAAUCGUGAUGAAGGAAACUGGACGAUUAGAGCAUCAAACGGGGUGACAAGUAUUGAAAGACAAUUGACUAUUAAAAUACUUCCAAGACUACAGCUUGCAAUGUUACCUCAAUAUGACUUUUCAAUACGAAGUGGAGAUAUUUUGAAUCUUAAAUGCAGCGUUGUAAAUCCUAUAUCAUUGUCCGGUUUGUCUCAUGGAAGUUUAGUCUGGUUGAAAGACAAUCAAAACAAUUUGAAAGCUGCUGGAUAUCAAAUUAGCAAUACCAACACAACCUCGACUUUAGAAAGUUCCUCUACGAUACCUGGUAAUUCUGGAAUUUAUACCUGUUACUAUUCAAGCUACCCUGAUCCAGUAAGAGUUUUCAUUCGUGUCAACGUCACUGAAAAAGAACAAAAAAUGUGUCCUAACGGUACUGCAGAAGGCAUUUCAUGGAGUUCAACGAUUGCAGGCACAAUAAGCAAAACCUCUUGCUCUAAAGAUCAGAUAGGAACUGCAACAAGAUUAUGUGAUUCUGAAGGCAAGUGGAGAAAUCCCAACCUUGUGAACUGUACUGAUAAAGUUUUUCAUGAAGCAUCAUUGAAGUUAACUGCUCUACGAGAAGAUGGUGUGAACAACACAGAGGAAGUAGAAAAGGCAGUCACCAAUACCCUACAGACAAUGAAAAACCUUACAUCUACGACAGCAGAAAUGAGUGCAGGAGACAUCCAGUCUUCUAUGGACAUUAUAGAGGCAGUUGUCGACGUCACAUCACUUUCAGGGGCAACAGUAGAGAAACAGGUAUUUUUCGAAGUGGUGGAUAACGUCCUAUCAAAGAAUAAUUCAGAAUCCUGGAGUGCAGUAAACACAGAGACAACGAAAGAUGCAAGUGCAAUUAUGAAGAACAUGGACAAGCUAAGUGAACAAAUUUUAAAAAAGAACGAUACGAAAUUCAAUUUCAGCGGCGCAAACUUUGAGUUGAGUAUAGACCAAGUCAAUGUUGAAGAAGAGGGAAUAAAGUUUCCGACCAAGAAUGAUAACUCUGAUAUUACUGAGAAUCCUGCAACAUUUCUUGAACUCCCUAAACAGACUAGCAAGACAACUACAGAAAUGAACUAUGUAGCAGUCAUCUAUAAAACAAUAUCAGACAUUCUUCCAACAGAUACCAACUCAAAGAGAGAAAACCUCAAUACCCGGACGGAAGUAAAAAAGACUGUUAAGGAAUAUGUAAACUCAGACAUCUUGUCCUUGACAACCCAGAGGGACCUCGGGGAAUUAAAUCCUCCGCUCAACCUUACAUUCUAUCACAAGAAUCAAAAUCAAAGUAAUGAGCUUAAACCAGUUUGCGUUUCAUGGAAUUUUACCACAAAGAGGUGGUCAGAGAAGGGCUGUCAGAAGUUUUCUACUAGCGGAAAAAGCACAAGUUGUCUAUGUAAUCACCUUACGAACUUUGCCAUCUUAAUGAGACCAUAUAUACCAGAGACAGAGGAUGAAUCGUCAUUGAAAACGCUGUCAUUUGUUGGUGUCGUGAUCUCCAUUGCUUUUAUUGUAUUGACAUUUACGAUUUUCACAGUAACUUGGAAACAAAUGAAGAAUGAUCAAAAUACAAUGCUGUUGAACCUCUGUGUGUCCUUGGUUUUGUCGUACAUUGUAUUCAUCACGGCUGUGGAGAAAACUGACAAUGAGAUAUUAUGCAGCGCUGUCACGGCCAUCAUUCACUAUCUUUUCCUGGUCACCUUCUUCAGUAUGCUAGGAAUGGGAGUCUAUUACUUCAUGAGUAUUACAGUCACGUACUACGCCAUGUACGUUGCAAAUAACUUCAAGUCUAGAUCCAGAGUCCACUGGUUUCUCUUGGGAGCCUGGGGUAUUCCAUUGGUUAUUUCUGUAUCCACAUUGGCUGGUUUCUGGAAGAAAGGAUACCACCUUAAACAUUACUGUUGGUUAUCUGUAGAGAGUGGCUCAUUGUUUCUCUUCAUUGUUCCUGUUUGCUGCACAAUAGUUUUGAACCUUGUUGUGAUUAUUUCCUUAAUACGAGUUUUGUUAGCUUCAAGUGUAAUGAUGAAAUCAUCACUGAAGAAAAAAGCCGCAUCCGGCUUGAGAUCACUUGGAACAUUACUGCCUGUCCUAGGAGUCACGUGGUUAUUUGGAAUUCUAGCCGUUAACAAAAAUGCAGACUUUUUUCAAUAUUUAUUUAUAAUUGCUAAUUCGUUACAAGGCUUUUUUAUUUUUGUGUCACACGUUGUGUUAAACAAAAAGUUGAUGUUGAGUUUGAGAACUCAGUAUCCAUCCCUUGGAGCACUGACAUCGUUUGCAGAAACAAGCAGAAAAGACACUACUGUGUCCCGUUCUCAAUCCACUGCGUCUGACACUCUUAUGAAACAAUACAAGAAAAAAGGUUUUUUCUCAAAGUGUCGUAGAUUGAACAAGAGAAAACAAGAGGGUGCCAACAAACUUAAGACUUUUGACUCGUUCUCUACAGAGAGGACUACCGACAAUUCACGUUCAGUUCUGGAGGAAAAGAUGCCCUUACGAUCGGACUCUAACAUUUAAAGGCAAAAAAGGAAGAAUCGGUGUAAAACUCAAAGCUUUAAAUAACUAUUGUGAUGAAAAUCGUAAUGUCAAAAACUUGAAUAUUAUUGAUAUGCGUGACAACCACAGAUAUUUAU